AUGCUCCGUUGUUCGUGCUCUGGGGUCUUCUGGCUGCUCGUAGCAGCAAAUGGGGCGUCGCUGAACACGACGGACAUCUACGAGAACUUGUAUGCGAAUCACGGGUAUCACGCUGACUUACGCCUCUCGCACGCCAGCAGUAUAUUGCAUUUGCUGCAGUCUGUCGCGGGUGCAUUCGACCGGCCUGUGUUGGACGUGGGCUGUAGCCACGGGCUAGCUGUCGAGAAGCUUUGGAAGAUGGACAUCUCGGCGAUUGGAGUCGACAUCGCCCCAACGGCUGUCCAGAAGGCGAGAACGCACCGAGAGUUUCGGCAUUCGCUGUGCGGCGAGUUCCCGUGCUUCCAAGUCGGCACCGCGACCACGUUGCCUUUCCCAGACAAAUCCCUUGAUGCCAUAUUCUCGACGGACGUUCUCGAGCACCUGCUACCAGAAGAAGCACCGGCGAUGGUGACUGAAUUCCUGCGUGUCACCCGCAAGAUGUUGUUCCUAAAGAUCGCGACCACGACGGAGAUCAACAAGCAGCCAAUAAACGCUCUGAAAAUGUCAAACCGCACACGAUAUCAGGAGCUCCAGGCACUGCACACCACUGUUUGGCCUAUCAGCAAGUGGGCAAGCCUCUUUGCGACCAAACAUCGUAGACUCUCGGUAUUCUCGUCGGGCGACACGCUCGCAAUCUGGAUCUAG